UUUUAAAUAAAUAUUAUUAGUUAAAUAUAUAUAUAUCUUACACAUUUGAUUAUAAAACCAAUUUUAUAUAUCAAGAAGUUAAAUAACACUAUUCAAAAUGCCUAUUCAGUGUACUAGAAAUUGUGGUAAAAAUGCUAUUCUUAAAAGACCUAAGACCGGUGAUACAUUAUGUAAAGAAUGUUUUAUCUAUGCCUUUGAAACCGAAAUACAUUACACCAUUGUAAAAGGAAAAUUAUUUAAACCUGGCAAUAAAGUUGCUAUAGGUGCAUCAGGUGGAAAAGAUUCAACAGUAUUAGCAUAUGUAUUGAAAACUUUGAAUGAACGCUAUGAUUAUAAGCUUGAUUUAUUUCUUUUAUCCAUUGAUGAAGGAAUUACUGGAUACCGAGAUGAUAGUUUGGAAACUGUGGAAAAAAAUAGAGAUGAUUAUGGUAUACCAUUAAAAAUAUUAUCAUACAAAGAUAUAUAUGGAUGGACAAUGGAUGCUAUAGUAGAACAAAUUGGCAGAAAAAAUAAUUGUACUUUCUGUGGUGUAUUUCGAAGACAGGCAUUAGAUAGAGGAGGUGCUUUAUUAGGUGUGGAUUGUAUUGCAACAGGUCACAAUGCGGAUGACAUAGCUGAGACAGUUCUAAUGAAUAUUUUACGUGGUGACAUUGCUCGGUUGCAAAGAUGUACGGCUAUAAUAACGUCAGGAGCGGAUGCUAUUGUUAGAUGCAAACCAUUGAAAUACGCUUACGAAAAAGAGAUUGUUAUGUAUGCACACUUUCAAAAAUUAAUUUAUUUUUCUACCGAAUGCGUAUAUGCUCCUAAUGCUUAUCGAGGAUAUGCUCGAACAUUUUUAAAAGAUUUGGAAAAAGUAAGACCAUCAUCUAUCAUAGAUAUCAUUCAUUCUGGUGAAAGAAUGCAAGUAAAGAGCAAUGUAAAAAAUCCAGAACGAAGGCAUUGUAAUAAUUGUGGAUUUGUUUCGAGUCAGGAAUUAUGUAAAGCUUGUAUAUUAUUGGAAGGUUUGAAUAGGGGACUUCCAAAAUUGGGAAUUGGUAAAUCUAAUAAAGUUAAACAUAUAUUGAAUACAAAUAUGAAUGAAAAUGCAAAAAGUAAAGUUGUCUCUUCAAGCAUAUCUGCGAUAGAUUUUUAACAUUAAAAUUCGCAUAAGUAUAUGUUUCCAAUAUAUAAGAAAAUCUUUCGUAUGCAAUAAAAUAUAAGUUCUUAAUUGUUUUCAUUACACGAACAUUACUUCUCCUUUUAUAACACAUUUCUUAUUGUGUUCUUCCAUAUUAUGUAAUGAAAUUCCUUACUUUUCUGCAAUAUUUCAAGUCAAGAUGAAAUCGAAAUGGGUGACAAUUGUUUCAAUAUUGUAACGAUUUGAUAAAGGCUGUACAAUUUUCUUCCGUAGGUAAACACUGUCCAAAAGCUUCGAGUAGCAAUGGUUCUUUUCUAAUUGCCGUUUCAUAAUCUUGAAAUGAUAUUUUUCCAUCGCGAUUGACAUCGAGUUUUUUCAAAGUCAAUUCUGAUAAAUCUCGUAUUCCUUCAUCCGGAUCUUCUUCUCCUGGUUGCUUUAUUAAACAGUUUCUUAAAAACGUAAGAAUAUCAAUUUAAAAAUUGACAGCAUAAAUAAAAAUAGAAUACUUUAUAUGAAUUUCAUUUAAGAUAAAAUGUUAAAAAGUAUAGUUGCGCCUAUCGAGUUUUUUAAUUUUUAUUAUGAAAGAACUAGGAAAAUCUUAAGAUUUUUAAUUAAUGUUUAAAAUUUUUAAUAAUCGAUAGAUUUAAUUAUUUAUUCCUUAUAAUCAUUUAUAUGAAAAUAUAAAUAUUGUGCCUAGAGAAAGGCAAUACUUUAUACUCGUUUGAUAAUAUUAUCAUCUUUUAUCAAUUAUUUUUUUGAUCCUGACAUGAUAUUGUUUCGUAUUAUAUGUGUGUAUUGCCGUAUUGACUGUCACCGACUCGAAAUUGAUUUAUCGAUAGAAUAUGAUGUAUUGCCUAUCACCAGGGAUCCGCAAUCAAUGUUAACGAUAUAAUAAUAUGUAUUAAUUAUCUCGAUAAGCAAUUUAUUGUUUAUAAUAUUACAUUUAAAAUUUUCAUAGUUAUUUGAAAAUAAUUAAAAGUUUUAAUAUGAUAUAUACAUACUUAAACAAUUGAAAGAUUUCAUCUUUCGUAAUAAAACCAUCAUUAUUUAAAUCGUAAACACGAAAACAGAAAUCGGUUUUAUCCUGUAGAUUGCCACGGAGGAAAACAUCGAGACCCAUGAUCCACGAUUCUAAUUUAAUAGUACCUUCAUUUUCGCGAUCCCAACAACAAAACAAUCGUUCUACCAACGUAUCUUCGGUUAUAACUUUGAAAGUAUUGUGAAGAAGAUCGCGAAAAAUAGAUCUAUCGAUUCCCUAAAGUAUACAUUUUUACUAUUGAUUAUUGAAUUAUAUUAUAAUAAAUGAUUUGUAAAAAAGAAAGAAAAAAAAAAAUACAUAUUAUUCGAAUUACCUCGA